UUAUGCUAGUAGAAAACCGAUUGAAUUUAUCUGCGCAUUGCUACGUUAAUUCACUAAAGUAACAAGAACUCUAGACUAUUUUUCUUAUUAUAAUAAAGUAGUGUCUUACGAACUGAACCCAAAACUGAGCGGAGGAUUAACGGCUUCUCACAGCAAAAUGCCUAAACCCACUGACAAAAUACGUUCCCUUCAGAUUAGCAAUGCUUUAGACACUGAAAGUUUCGGAUUAUCUCAAAGAGAAGAAACGAAACGCACUCAACUAAUAGGACAAUAUUUGGAAGAAUAUUUUUGGAAGAAUAAAUCAAUAACGAGUGGAGGCAGGGCCGAAGGUACCGCACUGGACAAAAACAGUGAUUCAGAUGUUAUGGGUGUCAUUGGCGGAAUUUUAGUGGUUGAAAAUGAUCAUGAUAUGGAUGAAAACGUGAUAUACAUUUCAGCUGUCAGAACUGGCUGUUGUCCAGGCUAUUGUAAACUGAAAUUUCAGGCUGAUCAAUACAGUAAAUUUAUGUCAGGGCAAUAUACACCGAAAGAAGUAUCUACUAUCUACGAGGGAAUUAAAAGGAGUAUAAUUACUUUAAGCGAUCAAUACAUUUCGAGUGAAUUGUUUUGUAAAAAUGUUAUUCCAGAUGGACUGAUACCAGGGGACAAUUUUCAUGACAUACUAUACGAGUUAAACGGUCCAGCUACCAGAAAUGCCGAUGUAGAUUUUGUGCAAGCGUUCGAAAUGAGACAAUGGCCCAAAGAGGCUAAAGCCUGGAUAACGCGAUGCAGAAAAAAUAAGUGGCCAUGUAAAGCAUUGCUGAAGCGACUUGAAGAAAAUAUCCCAUGUUACGUUGUCGCUAUUGGGAACAAAUCUUCUGCAGAUAAGGACAUGGAAUGGAGGUUGUCUUUUGUUGAAAUUGAGCGGGAAUUGAUCUGGAGUAUGAAUGAAACACAAUUUAAAUGUUUUGUUAUUCUCAAACGAUUGACACAAUUUUUCGGAAGGUAUUCCGCUCUCAAGGAUAUUACAACAUACCACAUGAAAAAUAUUAUGUUUUGGAUGUGUGAAACUGAAAAAGUUCCACAGGAAGAAUGGAUACCGCAGAAUCUUAUAACAUGUGUAAAAAGAUGUCUUCGAAAGCUUAAAAAGUGCAUGAAAGACGGGAAACUUGAUCAUUUUAUCAUACCCGAAAAUAACUUGUUCCAAAAUAAAACGUUUGUAUCGAAAGAAAUAGACCAUGCGAUAAACAAACUACAGAGAAAUGAAUUGUAUGAAUUGAUAUCUGAAAUACGAAAUAGUGGAAAAGAGUUGUCCACUCUUCUACUUAUCUCCCCUGAAUUCAUGGGUUACAGCAAUACAUGUAAAAGCAUGUGGCGAUACUGUUGUGAUCACUAUGAUCCUGACUUCUGUAGAUUUAUUCUUGACAAAUUUCCGGAAGCUAGAAUACUUCUACCAUGUGUUCAAAUUGCACAGGCAAAGGCGAAAUGGCGGAAAAAACUUAUAAAAAUGGCUUGGCGCAAAGAACCACUUUGUUCUGGCACCAGAAAUCUUGCGAAAAGAGUUGUUAAAAAUAUAAAAGAAGGAAGUGAAAUGGAUUUUUCAACUAGUACCAUCUACGCGGCUAUAGUUCAUUUCAUGCACGGUAACUAUGAUGAUGUGUUAACAGAACUGAAACCACUCCUGUCAAAUAAAGAAUGGAAAAUUUAUCCUUCCUCUUUAGGAACUCCCAUGUAUUUGUGCUUCAAAUCGGGUGAAAUGCAUAUUAAAAGGAAAGAAACUGUACGUAACGUAGAGGACUUACAUCGUGACAGAAACAACCUCGUGAAUGACCUUUGUACAGGUAAUAGCGAUAGAGACAUGUACAUUAAUGGAGCAUACGUGCGCACGUUACCUUAUCCUCUAGCUCUUCAGUUGGUUCUUAAUACGUGGAGAGCUGUGUACCGCUGUAAUCCAGUGAUAAUAAGUUACUAUCUCAUGUGCAUGUCUCAAUUAAAACUGGGUCAUCUUGAGGCAAUGAAAGAGACCAUGUGCCAUUUUAAAAAUGCAGUUCAGUACAACAAGGGUAGACGAGACUACCAUCUAUCUUUAGUUUUAUUAGGACAUUGUUUGUACUGGUCAGGUGAUAUCGAGACUGCAUUUGAAUGCUUUGCUGAGUCAAUGAUGGUAAAAAAGUCAGUACUCAAUGUCGCUGUGUAUCAUAUGGCUUUUCUGAUCAAUGACUGGACAAGAUGCAAUAUUUGAUGUGUAUAUACAACACAAAUAUACAGAAGAUGAGUAUCUUUAGCUAAAGUGGAAUUAUACGCAUUCUUCAAAAUAAAAACAAUCCAGCUGAAAUAGAUAUCUGUGCAAAAAAUGGUGGAGGAACUUAUAGCUUUUAACCUUAUACCAAACUCUUUCUAUGUACAAUACGGCAUAAUAGCUUGCCAUUUAUGAUUUUUAUUAUUUUGACUGGGAUAUUUUUUUAAGUCAAACUGCACGCAGGAGUUCUUUCCCUUAAACUCCAUAAAUCUCUAUUCAUUUGUAAGGGAGAUAAUUGCGUAGCAGAUUGAAGAAAAGAACUAUUACUUCAUUACUUCCGAUAUCUUUAUUUUUAAAUACUAAUGCGGCAUUGUCGUUUAUUGAACACAUUUGAAAGCACAGCAACCGAAAAUUGCUGCAAUAAAACAUUCACCAUAAACAAAUGUGCAAUGCCACUUUAACUGGUAACAAUAUAUAAUAACUAACAAAACUGAUUUUCUUUUCGUUUGCUCAUGAAUCGUGUCUGCUACUUUUUAACACCUAUUAUAAUUCCAUUCCGUUUCCCGCAAUGUAAUAAAAUAUGUUCCUGUUUAUAAAUGCAAAUAAUAAAUUUCACGUGAAGAAAAGAAACUCUGUUGUGACAUUUAUCUCAAUGGCCCGAAGGCUCAGUGUGAGCUAUCAUUAGUUUAUAAGCGUGUUUGUUACUGAGCUACUUAAGCGCCUAUCCCACCCUAAAUAAUUUUGUGCUUGAUCGCCUUACGAAUACCCCUAAAAUGAUUGUAUCUUGCCAUUUCCUACAUAUCUUCUUGAAGGAUAUUUUACCUGGUAGUCCUUAAUUUUCAUCGUAACGAUAAUACCCUAUUCCUGACAGAAUAAUAUUUUCUAUACGGAUGAAUGUAUUUCAAAUGACCCAGAAAUAGUUAAUCUCUCUUAAAUAUGAGUACUUACACAUGAAAUAAUGUUAACGCAUACAAGUGCACCUUGCCGACUCCAUGAAAUCGAUAUUGCACGGCGAUAGUACACGGCUAUAUUGCAAGGACGUAAAUAUAUUGAUUAUGAAUCAAAAUAAAUAAAUAUAUCGAACAGUCGUUUUGUAUAUUCAUUAGUCGUUACGUUGAACAUGGAAUUCAGCAAAAUUAUAUUUUCGUCUUCCCUGUUUACUUUAUAGUCUGGUGUUGUUUUUGAUAUUUCUUGCAUAAAAACUACUUUUUUAACUUGACCCGCCCAUGUAUAAACGGGAGAAAAAUCGUGUGCAAACAAGGCAAUUCUCGUGCUGUUAAUACAUGAUUUUUAUUUUUGAAAUGCUUUGUCAGGGCUGUAUAUAUGUAUUUCUUCGCAGAUUGACAUCUGGUAUCUGCGUCUUGAUUCUUCCGUAAUAUUCUCUUCGUGUAGCAUAAAAGAUGCGAUCUAAUCCAUAGUAUGUUUUGCUGUAUCAAUUACCAAAACCAAACGCACUUCCCCCAAAGAUGUACGUACUCGCACCACCCUUGUUUACAUCCCCUUUUAGAAAUCGGAGUCGAUUCAUUUUUGUUGAUAACCGUGAAUGUAUAACAACUGCGUGUAACUUGCGCUUUUGUUUGUUUUUAGGAAUCAUUUUAAUGAUUUUUGUAAGUAACAGUCGGAUUGUUUUAUCUAAUUUCGCGAAGAAUUCGGAUAAAACAUUUGAAAGCUUGUCACUACGUUCGUACUCAUCCGUACUCUAAAUGUGUUCGUAAUCAAAAUAUUUCGAAUGUAAAGUUAUUAGUUUUGAAAUUGUGUUCCUGUUUACCAAAUUUUUAUGUGAUAUGUAAAAAUAUGAGUAAUUUUAUGUUUGUAAUAAUGAAAGAUUAAAAGAAUUGAUUAAAAGCCUUCAUUACA